UCAGUACUGCGACUCAGUCUAGGCUAUCCACAGGGAUACAGUGUGCGUUUUAGCCACAGUGCCUUAGCAGUAGGCUACAGAAUAUUGGCUACUGUAUAGGUAUGUGCGCAAUGGCGCACAUUCACCGAGCACUAUUGGAUUUUAGGAGUGUCAGUCGAAUGUAGGGGAGGAUAGGUAGCCAAAAACAAAUCUAUAUCGGGAAGACCCAGCUGUCAGAUGCAGAAACGUGAACAGGUGGCCUCUCCAGAGACUUACGCGUGAAGGUGAAUAGACUAACAGCUUACCUCUUUCUCUAAUCUUCUGCUGACGACAGCAAUACUGACCCUACGGUCAAAAUUAUGUCUAUCGCAGUUUGAGAUUCAAGACCCGAUCAAUUCGUGUUGAUUCAAGUGACAGUCGCUCCUCGGUUGGACUUUCGUUGCUGACGUUUUUUUCUCCAAGUGUCAGAGAAUCUAAAAGUGACGUCUGGACUUUCGAAGAUGUGCUGGCGCCUUGCAUUUACCUGGAUUUCACAGUAGUUACUUUCACGUGUAGGCUACAUUGAGAUUGGGAUUUACUAAGGACCCAGGUGCCAAAGCAGCAUGUUUCCCGAAAUUAAUAACAAGUCUUCAAAACCAGAGGCCUUCCCCCACUCACACAGACUCCAGACCCAACAGGCAACCAACCGGCCCUAUUUACAGAAGUUUAACUCGGAGGGGACCUUGCCCCAUCUAGAGCCCCCAGUGAUACAGGUGGUUGUCAGCAAUGCCAAACUCCACCACCAGCAGUCCGAUAGCAUCCUGCCCCACAUCGUCAACAAGGGGGUGCAGAGCAACUACCAGACACACCAGGAUGAGAGAUCAAAGCCGUCCUCCCAGUUCCCCAUGCGGUUCGGCUCCUCCGUGGAGAACCUGUCUGACUCCAUCACCACCAAGGGCCUCAGCAACAAGCUGGAGGAGAAGAAGCUUUAUGAGGGACAGAGGCUGCCCAUGUCUCCCACAGAGGCACUGAGGCACUUCCAGGGGCGUCUGACAGAGUUUGAGCAGGAGGAGAUCAUGGACUACUCAGAGAUCUGGUUCCUGGGUCUGGAGACCAAGAAGUUUGAGGGCUCUCACGGGAUUCCUCAGAAUGCAGGCUACGACGACGAGCACGGCAGCUACAACAAGGUUCUACACGACCACAUUGGCUUCCGCUUUGAGGUGUUGGAGGUAAUCGGGAAGGGAUCCUUUGGACAGGUCCUGAAAUGUCUGGACCACAAGACCCAAGAACUGGUUGCCAUCAAGGUCAUUCGCAACAAGAAAAGGUUCCACCACCAGGCCCUAGUGGAACUGAAGAUCCUGGAUGCUGUGAGGAGGAAAGACAGGGAAAAGUGCCACAACGUCAUCCAUAUGAAAGAAUACUUCUACUUCCGCAACCAUCUCUGCAUCUCCUUCGAGCUGCUAGGAGUCAACCUUUAUGAACUGAUUAAGAAGAACAACUUCCAGGGCUUCAGUCUGGCCCUGAUUCGUCGUUUCACCCACUCCCUGCUCAAGUGCCUGCAGAUGCUGCAUAAGGAGAAGAUCAUUCACUGUGACCUCAAACCGGAGAACAUCCUUCUGUCACAGAAAGGACAAGGAAAUAUCAAGGUGGUGGACUUUGGGUCCAGCUGUUAUGAGCAGCAGAGAGUCUACACCUACAUCCAGAGUCGUUUCUACCGCUCCCCAGAGGUGAUUCUGGGCCACCCCUACAGCAUGGCCAUCGACAUGUGGAGCCUGGGCUGCAUCAUGGCUGAGCUCUACACCGGCUUCCCGCUCUUCCCUGGGGAGAGCGAGGUGGAGCAGAUCGCCUGCAUCAUGGAGGUAUUCGGUAUGCCUCCCACUGAUUUUGUGCAGACAGCAUCCAGGAAAAGAUUGUUUUUCGACUCUAAAGGAAACCCCAGAAACAUCACAAACAGCAAAGGAAAGAAGAGACGACCCAAUUCCAAAGACCUGGCCAGUGUGUUGAAAACCAAUGAUCCUCUGUUCCUGGACUUCCUUCGACGCUGCCUCAUGUGGGAUCCAACCAAGCGUAUGACACCAGAUGAGGCGAUGCAGCAUGAGUGGAUCCAGGAGGCCCAUCUCAACAAGCUCAGGCCCAAAACACGACCCAUGAUGAGGAAGCCCAGUGAAAGCAUGAGCAGCACAGAAAACAACUACAAGGCCACUUACCGCAAAGUAGUCACUAACAGGACAGCUGAGAAGAUCGGGUCCGAUAGCAACAACAAGCUGAAGAGGGACCUCUCCGCCAAGGCAGGGGCCAAGAUGGUGACCCCUGAGCGACUUUGUCCCAUUGGAGCGUCAGCAGAGGAGCAGUUGUGUGAGGGCGUGGCCAAGGUCAACAGGGACACCAAUCACGAGGCGAGCGUGGAGAGGCCCGUGCACAUCAUCAUCAAGCCUCAGCUAGAUGUGGGCACCGACGGAGAGUGCCAGGAGUCGUCCCAGUGUCUGCCCCCUAUCAUGUAGCAGCACAGGCAGGCAGCACUAGGCGUUAUGGACUUUAACAUCCUCAAAGAGGCAAAGUGGAUAAUGAAUACUGUGGUCAUGUCUAGGGGAUCUCCUGUUUUGUAACAUUCCUGUGGUCUCUGACACGCAUUCAAUACGUUUAAUAAAGUCCCCUUCGCUCAGGGUUUCCCAAACUCUUAAGAGGAGCAUGUUUUGUUUUUUUGCCUUAACACUACACAGCUGAUUCAGAUGAUCAAAGCUUGAUGAUUAGCUGAUUAAUUGAAUCGGCUGUGUAGUGCUAGGGAAAACAACCAAAACGUGCACCCCUUGGGGUCCCGGGGGGCCAAGUUUGGGAAACUCUGCAUUGUCUACUUGUCAUGGAGGAGAGCAAAUAUUGAGAGUUUGGCAAGCUACCAAUCCUGACUGAAACAAAGGUUAUUGUUGAUGUUCCUUUUACUAUAAAAGAGGCUCAGAGACAGGAUCAGUUGAAGUGACAGAUGUGGAAUACCCUGGCACGCACGACAGCGUUACACUUUUAUGUGUCCCCUUUGUAUCCAAGACCACAAUCCUCAGUCCCACCUAGUGUUACCCUUUGUACAUUUACUUCUUACAAUGUAUUAUUUCUAUUUUAGGUUCAUCUUUUACUACUGUACUUUUUUUGCGUAGAUAUUCCAAACCAAAGCUGCUGUGUUGUGCAAUAUUUUGCAUGGCUUAAACAACAAACAAACAAAAAAAAACGUAUCUUCCUUUUAAAUGGUUUUACAUUCAACAAAAUGGCUGUUCGUUUCUGAAGGAGCGUGUGCAAUAAAGGCUGAGACAUUUUUGUCACUGCUGAUCUGUCAGCUUAGUUGUGCCCUGGAAGACAAAAUGUGCUAUUCAAACCUUUAUGACCGGCAUCUUUAUUAGAUUGAAUAAUAAGAUUAGCUCGAUAUUACAUUAUUAUCAUGGUGAUUAUGCGGAGGAUUGUUUAUGUACAUUUAUCCAGACAUAGAGGGUAUGUUUGUAAUGGCUUGUUUUCCCUGUACAUACCUGCUGUGAUGGUUAAUGUAUGUAAUGCAGAUACGAAUGUAUGGAGUAUGUUACAGGUUAUUGUAAAGUGUAGACAAGGUUUUACUUGUAUUGUCUAUGUAUGAAAAAAAGAAACAUUUUGUACUCGAUUAUGUUUGUGUUUGGAAUUGUUUUUACUAUUAGACAGAGACAAUCCUAUUAAUAGUGUGUGCCUUGCAGUAUUAGAAUCCUUGCACUUUACCUCUGUAUUUAUCUCACCCACCAGCCGUCUGCUCUCUCUGUUGAGAUGCCAGCAAUUCGAGCCUGGGGACCAGGUUACCUCUGUAUGUACCUGGGAUAAAAGACUAUGAUUCUUCAUGUAAAAGUAAUCAGAUGAGAAUGAUGUGAUUCUUGAUAUUGCUUGCCAGGAAAUAUUCAGCUUGGGAGUAGAAUCAUUUUGUGUUAUCCCAUGGCAGUUUCUAUAAGUCAAUGUAAUGGCAAGGAAUAGAAACACAAAAUCGUUGUAUUGGUGACAUAAUAUCUUUGUAGCUGUAAGGCCAGAGUACAGUGUUUUGUGAAAUGUAUGCUGUCAUUUCACUUGCAUCUGAUAAAUGAACGAGCUACACAAGUAUACAGGGAGAGUCACCAUAAUCUGUCUGUAUCUCAACAGUAUAUACAACUGAAUGAAUUGACUGUGACACUUAGUCACACAAAUAAAGAUUGAAGAGUAACAGGAUUGAACAAGAAUAUAAGUGGAAAAGUGAGUCAUUUUUAUUGUGAAAUAAAAUAGUUGCUUCAA